CAACUUUUGUAUGAAACAAUCUUGGCUGAAAGAGAUGGGUCCCAGAGCAGGGAGAGCUCAGCUGCAGUGUGCACUGCCCAAAGAAGUGACUGCCCAGCACUCUCAAUGUUUCAUACUUCUCUGCUGCGCCUUGGUUGUGCUGUUUGAAAGGCCGAGGCUAGAGUCUGAGCUGAGGUUGGUGUCUGGCAUCUUUCUGUCCUUGGAGUGCUGCUUUUGGGCCUGCUGACAGUCAGCUGCUGAAGUCGGAUCCAGCAGAGAAAUUUGAAGGCAGAGGAACCCUCGGGAGCUGUGAGAGAUGGGUCUGGUGACAGCUCCUUUUUCUGAUGGCUGAACCUCCCCUUACAUCAGAUGGACCAGCAGUCAGAGAUGAUGACCUGCUUUUGUCGGACAUGAGACAAAAACCUGGCUGGGCCCCUGCGAACAGAUCUCGCUCUAUCCACAAGUCCUCAGGUUUGGGCCUGAAAGACGUGCCAGACCUGCUGCCAAAGCCUUGGCCUCCACCUCACCCUGCAGACAUGGCUGUACACACACGCAUAUAUGCAACUCAGACAAACUUCAAUAAGUACAUAUUGGGCUCAGCAGUAAAGGUGAUCAACAGUGCCAAAUUCCUGGGGGUACACAUCAUAGACAACCUCACUUGGACUGUAAACACCUCCUCACUGGUCGAAAGGGCACAAAUGUGCAUGUACUUCCUGCGGAGGAUGAGGAGAGGACCUGCACCAACCAUCCUCACCACCUUCUACAGAAGCACCAUAGAGAGCGCUCUGACCAGCUGUCUCACUGUGUGGUGUGAAGGCUGCAGCACUACGGAGUGGAAGAAGGUGAGAAGAGUAGUGAGAACAGCAGAGAGGAUAAUCAGAGCUCCUCUUCCCUCCAUAAAAGACAUUUCAUCUAAACGCUGCAUGUCCCGAGCCCGUAACAUCAUUAGUGACUCCUCACACUCCCACCAUGGACUCCCCAGCACCCUUGGCCCUUUGUCCCAUCUGCAGGUGCCUCUGAAAGCACCCACGGUCGCCCUGGCCUCAGCGCACGCCACGCCUAGUCCAGGGACAGGAACUGCUGACAAAGACCCAGUGUGGGAAUGA